AGGGCACUGCACAUUGUUAUAAAAUGCUUAUGGAAAGGUGUUGGGAUAGCAAUCCUAGAGAAAGACCAAAUGCGAAAGAAAUUUAUGAAAUGAUAGAAAAUUGGAAAAAUAAUAAAGAAAUUUUAAUGGAAUUUGGUAAAUCUGAUGAAAAAAUGAAAAAUAUUAUUGCCAAAUAUGCGCAAUUAGAGACCCAUUUUGAGGCAGCGUAUAAAAGCCAGUUUUUUAGCUUUACAAUUCUAGAUCAACAAGAAGAGCAAGUUAAUUUUGAAAUUUUGACUGAAAAAGAUAAAGAAG